AUGCCGGGGAUAACAAAGUACAAUUUGGUGGAUGAUUUGCAUGAUUUGAGGAUCCCCAUGCACAACGACGAGGUGUUCAAACAUGGGAUCUGCUUCGAGGCAAAGUACAUUGGCAGUCUGGAGGUGGGUCGUCCGGGCAGUCGAAUGGAGAUAGUUGCUGCAAUGAGGAGAAUAAGGUAUGAAUUCAAGUUGAAGAACAUUAAGAAGAAGAAGGUCAACAUCGUUGUAUCUACUGAUUGCAUCAGAGUGAUUUUGCGUAAAAAGAAAAAGAGGAAACAGUGGUCAUGGGAUGAUGGUGCAAUCCUGGUGACGCAGGAUCCCAUCUACAGGAUAUUCUACGUCUCACACGAUGCCCAAGACUUGAAGAUCUUCAGUUACAUAGCAAGAGAUGGACAGAGUAACAUUUUCCGCUGCAAUGUGUUCAAGUCUAAGAGGAAGUCUCAGGCGAUGCGGAUAGUGCGGACGGUGGGUCAGGCGUUUGACGUUUGUCACCAGCUGACCCUGCAGCAAAACCCUGAGCAUCAGGAGGAUGGAGAGGAGCACGCAGAGGACUCUGAGGCAGUGCCAGCUAAGAGACAGUGUGCGAUGUCGGAGGAGACAGACUUUGAAGCCACUACUGAGGAGAGCCUCGACGGUGUCUCUUUGUCGAACAUGGAAAGGAGCAAAAGGGAUGAAGCCAUUGCAGACAAUGGAAAGGUAUCCAAAGACCCACCCUCACUGCUGAACUCCCCCAUCCUUGGUGCCUCAGUGUCGGUUCAGUUGGCCGCAGACCCCUCCUGCUCUGCAGAGCACCAGGUUCAGCUCCUCCACAGACAGCUGCAGCAACAGGAGCAGCAGGCCCAGGCUGCCUCAGCACAGGUACAUGUGCUUCAGGACCAGCUGUCAGUAGAAGUGAGUGCGCGGACGGAGGCGCAGGCCAGAGUCCAGAGGCUCCUUCAGCAAAACACAGACCUGCUUCAGCACAUCUCCCUGCUGGUGAAACAGAUCCAGGAACUGGAGCUCAAAGCCGUCGGGCAGCUGAACCCUAUGGGCUCUCAGGACAGUCUUCUGGAGAUCACCUUCCGUGCCAAGCCCCUCGGUGUGCUCCACGACCCCCUCUCCCCUUCCUCCUCCUCCUCUUCUGCCAUCUUGCCCACUCAGCUCCAACCCCAGAUGAGUACUAGCCCCUUGGUCUCCUGUCUCCCUGGGCCCUGUUCUCCUGCGACCACAGGCCCAGACAGCAGCCCUUUACAGCCUGGCAGCAGUGGGGUCCGGCUAGAGUGCUUCCGCUUCUCAUUCAGGGGUCCGGAGAGCUGGGAUCAUGGCCAGGACCCCGGUGAGCCCCCCAAUGAUGGAGGCCCAGAUGAAAGCUCGUCGCUUGGGGAGCAGCUCCUGGGGGCUCUGGAGCUGCUCCGGUUUCGGGAGUCAGGGAUCGGUUCCGAAUACGAAUCGAACACCGAUGAGAGCGAUGACCGGGACAGCUGGGGACAGGGCGAGGGAGCGGGCGCAGAGGGUGCCGCUCGCCUCUUUAAUGUGCUGAACACAGAGAGCCCUGCAGACUGUUUAGGGGAUGAGAUGGCUGUAUAG